AUGGCGCAUUUGGAUAUUCCGCAGACGGAGAAUGGCUCCUCUAGCGAGCUUCAUACGCUGCAUUCUAUCCCAAAGUCUAAUGUGUUCACCUCCAAUCUUCCCGCGGAUUCCGAAUUUCCUACACCCAAGGCUUCUCACGAUGCGCCCCGCGAGAAAUUGGGACCGCGCAUGGUCAAGGGAGCGUUGUAUACAUAUGUGCGCCCUGAUCCCGAAGGAGAGGCAGAAUUACUAGCAGUCAGCCAACGUGCGCUUCAAGAUAUUGGUUUGAAGGAAGAGGAGGCCAAGACGGAUGAUUUCAAAGAUGUUGUGGCGGGUAAGAAAAUCCUGACAUGGGAUGAAAAAAACCCAGAUGAAGGCAUAUACCCAUGGGCUCAGUGCUACGGCGGCUACCAGUUCGGGCAAUGGGCUGGCCAGCUUGGGGAUGGACGUGCCAUAUCAUUGUUCGAGUCCACUAACCCUGCGACGGGCACACGCUACGAGAUACAACUCAAAGGUGCUGGCAGGACACCAUACUCGCGUUUUGCUGACGGGCGAGCGGUUCUUCGCUCUUCCAUUCGAGAGUUUGUCGUCUCCGAGUAUUUGAAUGCAAUUGGGAUCCCGAGUACAAGGGCUUUGUCCUUGACACUGAACAAGGGAAGUAAAAUUAUGCGCGAACGAAUUGAGCCUGGUGCGAUUGUUGCGCGAUUUGCACAAAGUUGGAUUCGUUUUGGAACCUUUGACCUGCAACGGAUUCGUGGAGACCGUAAGACACUGCGAACGUUGGCAGAUUACACUGCUGAGCAUGUCUAUGGCGGGUGGGAUAAGCUGCCAUCUAAGUUGCCUGUAGGUGAUGCCAAAGAAGUCCACAUGCAAACGCACGAUGGCGUUGCAAAAGAUGUGGUUGAAGGUGAGGGCGAAACAGCAGAAAAUCGUUAUGUUCGUUUGUACCGCGCCAUCCUCCGCCGCAAUGCGGAAACCGUCGCCAAAUGGCAGGCAUAUGGCUUCAUGAACGGCGUUCUCAACACCGACAACACAUCUAUCCUCGGCCUCUCCAUCGACUUUGGCCCCUUUGCCUUCCUCGAUACAUUCGACCCGACAUACACGCCGAACCACGACGACCACAUGCUCCGCUACAGCUACCGUAACCAACCCACUAUUAUCUGGUGGAACCUGGUUCGCCUCGGCGAAGCCCUAGGUGAACUCUUCGGCGCAGGAAACUACGUCGACGACGAGACCUUUGUCGAAAAAGGUGUAACAGAAGAGCAAGCACCAGGCCUCGUCAAAUGCGCCGAAUCAGCAAUCGACCGCGCAGGUGAAGAAUACAAAGCUGUCUUCCUAGCAGAGUACCGCCGUCUAAUGACGCUGCGCCUCGGUCUCAAGACGCAAAAGGAGUCAGACUUCGACGUUCUCAUGUCUGAACUGCUGGAUUGUCUUGAAGCUUACGAGUUGGAUUUCCAUCAUGCGUUUAGGAGACUGGGCGAUAUUCGACUUGCGGAUGUUGAUGCGGAAGAUAAGAGGAUAGAUGCUGCAGGUCGGUUUUUCCGCAGCGAUGCCGCGCCCAGACGCGAGAGCGAGGGUAGAGAGAGGAUUGCGAAGUGGCUUGAUAAGUGGGCGGAACGCGUCAGGGAAGAUUGGGGCGAGGGAAAAGAUGAGGACAGGAAGGCGGCGAUGGAUGCUGUUAACCCAAAGUUUGUUCCCCGCUCUUGGAUCCUGGAUGAACUCAUUGAGCGAGUCGAGAAGAAGCACGAACGCGAUAUCUUGCCGCAGGUUAUGAAGUUGGUGCUCAAUCCCUUCCAGGAAGAAUGGAAGUGGAAUUCAGACGAGGAAGAGAGAUUUUGCGGAGAUGUGCCAAAGUACAGGGGAAUGAUGCAAUGUAGUUGUAGUUCCUAG